AUCUGAAGAAGAGAUCGCUAGAGAGAUUAAAGAGAAGAAGAGGAAGGAGCCGCAACGGCUGAUAGAAAAGAGGAUAGCGGAGAUGGACAUAGGCGAUGGGAAUCUGACUGAGCCGGAGAAAGAGCGAGUGUUGGAAGUCCUUAAGUCUUGCGACAAAGCCAUAGCGUUCAGUGACGCGGAGAAAGGAAGAAUUGAUCCUAGGUAUGCUAAGCCGGCUAGAAUCUACACGAUUCCGCAUACGCCGUGGAAUGAUGCAGGGUGGAAGUUUGCUCAGAAAGAGAAGGAAGAGGUGAUCUCCUUUCUCAAAGAGAAUAUGGCAUCUCACGUAGCUGAACCAUGUGAUAGCGCAUACGCGAAUAGUUGGUUCUUCUUAAGGAAGCCUAACGGAAAGAUUCGAUGGAUUCACGACCUUCAGAAGGUCAAUGCGGUAACAAUUCGAGAUGUUGGCUCUGUACCCCACGCUGAUCUACUAGCAGAGGGAGCGGCAGGCAGAUCCAUUUAUUAUGUUUGUGAUUUAUUUUCAGGAUAUGACGAGAUACCACUAGACCCGAGAGAUAGGCAUCUCACAUCCAUGCACACGCCGCUCGGAUUAGUGCAGAUGAUGGUCGUUUCGAUGGGAUGGACCAAUGGGGUAGUGGUCUUUCAGAGAGUCGUGGUAGCGGUUCUGAAAGACUUUAUCCCAGACAAAGUAGAAGUUUUCGUGAACGACUUUCCGAUAAAAGGACCGGUGUUGAAAGAUGAGACGGAAGUCGCUCCUGGCGUAAGGAGGUUCGUAGAACAACACCUGACGGACAUUUACGAUGUUUUGGAACAACUAGAUGAAGCUAACGUGAUGGUUAGCGGGACAAAGAGUCGAUGGGCCGUAUCGACGAUUAAAAUUUUAGGGUUUAUAUGUGAUGCGAAAGGCCGACGCCCCGAUCCUGGAAAGUUGGAAAAGUUGUUGAAUUGGCCGACUCCAUUGCACAGUGCAACUGAAGUCCGCCAGUUUUUAGGGGUUGUUGGUUAUUGGCGGAUUUUUAUAGGGGGAUAUGCGGAAAAGGCGGAACCUCUGCGCACACUCCUUAGGAAGACCGAGAAGUUCUACUGGGAAUCUCCUCAAGAGUUAGCAGUGCAAACCCUCAAGGAAGAAUUUAAAGAAGGCGGAAAAAUUCUCGGUGUGUCAUUCUUUGAGGACGAGACGGGCUGACCGUUCAUAGUAUCUACGGAUGUCGGACCAUGU